AUGGCAUCUCACAAUGUCAUGAAUCUGGCGCGUGAUGUAAAGUCUGCCGCAGUCAGAGACCGUGAGAAGGCUGUGGAUGAGUUGUCGCAUCUUCUCAACCCACGAAACCGAUCUACAAAUCUUUCCGACCUUGGCGACAAGAGUUACCAUGAGAUAUUUGAAGCAAUCUUCAGUUUCGUGCUUCGAGAGAAGCCAGUUCUUUAUGACAAGAAAAAGUCCCAAUCGUCAUUGAAUUCAACAACAACUCGUUUAUCAAAAUGCGCCGAGGCCGUGCGGAUGGCUGUAGGACGCGGCAAGUCAACGAUCGGACGGAAGACACUGCUGGCGAUCGUGGAUCACAUCACUCAAGUUCUCCCUGGGCCUAGCAGUGAUGAUUUCGUGCCUCCUUUACUCCAGGACUACAUCAAAGCUUUGACCGAGGUGCUUUCAAGGCCUGCACACGUGGAAAUAUUGGCCAGAAAGGGUGGCCAACAUUGGGAAAUUUGUGUUGGCUUCUUUCUCGACGUUGCCCAGUAUCUUCUUCCUGAUGAAGCAGACAUAUCAACUUUGUCAUUGGCUCGAGCAUCGCCAGCUCUGGCCCGAUCAUCACCAGCACCGGGGUCAGGAUACAGUCGAUCUAUUGGGCGAUCCACACCUUCGACUCAAAGCCAAAGAAGAGCUGCACCUGGAGAGGGCGGUCUUCUCAAAGAUGUCUUGGAAGGACUGCACUAUCUCAUCAUAGGCGGCAACGCGCCCAUACUACGGCAAUACAAAGAUAUCACCCCAGUAGUACUCAGGGUCUUAAAUCUGAAGCAGCUGAGUCUCGGCUCCCUGCAGACUUUGGCCUUUUCCAUUAUUAAUGCAAUCUUCACUGCUACAAACGCUGACGACUUAGCGCAUGCCAACUCUGUUGUGCAAAGUAUAUUGCCGCUCAUGAGCUACUGGUGGAGAUCUGAGAAGGUCUCUCAAGACGAAGUCAUCAGAGCGCUCAGGAUUGAGAUCUCUAGGAGUAUUUUCUUAAUGCACCUUCACAUUGAAAAUUUAGUCGUGAAAUCCUUGGACGAAAAUAUGCGCUUAGACCUCGAGGAUUUGGCUGAGAACAUCUGGUCUGAGUACUCAAGGCGUGGCGAGGCUGUCCGCUUACAAUUGAGCGACAUCACUUUUGCCUUAUUCUCUUUGCCGACAUACGGGCUGCAGCUAGAUAUGUUCGGCCUCCGCGCUCACAACGUCUAUGGAGAAGGCCAUUGGGCUAUCAUUCAAAACCUGGCGUUUCUAGAAGGUAUCAUGGCGUUGCCUCACUCUAGAACCCCGACAAACGAUGCAGAACAAAGUGAGCAACCAAGAAAAAGGCGAAAAAUCCAACAACAUAUGAGUCGCAUUCGGCUUAAGCUAAAGGCUGCCGAAGUAGCAGUUCGGGGAACUGCUUUACAAAUGAUUCCGUUCCUCUUGUUUGACAGGUCAUUGGGUCGUGACGAACUGGUUGACUUGCUACCUGAAUUGGUAUCAUUGGCGACUAACAAGAACCCUGUCACGGCUUCUUGGGCUCUCAUAGCCUCUGCGAGUUGUAUAAGCAAAUCGAAAGUUUGCCACGAUCAAGUAGAUGUCUGGCGUCAAUUGUGGCAUCUUGCUACACGUUCCGUCAGCCUGCCAGGAACAAGUAGAGCGGCCAGCGUGCUCCUGCAUGCGAUACUUGAGGCCGACGUUUUACCUUAUCACACAAUCUCCACAGACAUCAAUAACAUCGUCACAACUGCAGAUGUCAACGGGCCUAGUGUUCUGUGUGACACUUCUAUUAGCUUGAUGCUUCACGUCCUUCAAUUACGAAACGCCCGAACCCCCAGCGCAAGUCAAAGUACCUGUCACCACAUUAUCCGAUGGGUGUUUCUUCGUUGGAAUCCACACGAAUCUACGUUUGCAUCCUACCACUCUAUGCAUGCACAACCGGUUCAAUUAGUGAAUUUGAUUCGAGCCUGUUGUGGGACGACGGCUCUGGAGUUGAACACCCAUCAAACGGCUCCCGGGGGUCCAUUAACCGAGGCAUGGGGCUCAUUCAAGCAAACUGAGGCGUUUACACGAUACGUUCUCCUUGCAAAAGAUGAAUCUCAUGAUGCUGGUCCCAUUGGCUGCUGCGACCUUUCAGGACUAUCUGAUCCCGCUUCGUUGGCCGAUGCCAAUGCGCGCUAUGCUUCUCAGAAGCUGACACUUGAGCUGUUCUACCCCAAGCUGAGUGAUCUAUCUGAGCUCUGCACAUCCUGGACGAAGAAAACGAAUGAAGGCGGUACACAAAUAACUCUUGAUCGCUUUCAAAGUCUUCUUUCAGCCUGCUUGACCGGGACUCUGCUGCUUCCCAUACUUAAUCACCUAAACUCGACUCAGUCUUCGUCUGUCGAAUCCAUCCUGAAGGAGAUUCUCGACAAAGCGUUAAACUCUGCUUUUGCGUCAAUGGAGUCUACAGCCUUUAUCGAUUCAGUCCUACGAGCCGUUCGAGCUGUGAUGCCAGAUGUGACAACGUCGAGUUUGAAUCGAAUGCAGACAAACAACCCAAACUUGUUUCAUUUUUUCGGCAGAAUAUGGAAGUCUAUUGGCCAGCAACAUGAUCAAACAAAUCUUGACAGCAACAUCGACUUCAUGGAUAUCGAUGGGGAUUUCGACUCCCAAAGCAGCCGGGCAAGCUCAGUGCAUGCGCCAAUGGCAGCCCCACGCUUCAAUAGUCAGAUGAUGCUGGACAUGCAGGCUUUCUAUACUGAUGCAAGGGCGCGGCUUCGGUUUCUAUCCAUAUUGGAUGAUGAUAUCGGACAGAUUGGCCUUGUCCCCAAUACAUAUGUAGAGCAUCUCAUCAAGAUGCCUGUCGAAGACCUCUUGCUGUGCCGAAGUCUCCUGCUUGAAUUAUUUGGCUCUGAUCUUGUCAUUACGCCAGAUGAUGCUUUAUCAAUUGUUGAAAAGCUGGGAAAUUUCGUGUCUAAAACCGAAUAUCAAUGUGCCGAAGUUGCUUUGAGCAUCUGUAUCGGGGUAAUCGAUGGACUGCAUUCUAUCUGGCUAAAUGACAAAAAUCAUCUCUCCGAACGAGUUGGCGACCUUUACUAUCACUUCAUCAAGGUCUGUUUGACUUCCAACAUACUUUCGCCCGGCGCCCAAACGUCAAUGGUCCAGCUACUGCUCACUUUAUUACGAACCAACACGGACUAUGGUAAAGACCAGGGCCUUGAUUCGCCACGAACUUGUCUUCUAUAUAUACUGAAGAAUGGGCCCAUGUCGGUGAAAUACGCCAUCUCGCAAAAGAUUGCCGAUAUCUUUGACUUGUUUGUCCUCAAGCUUCAUGAUGAAGUGUUUGUGGAUAUUCUAGAUAGCUUACCUACUGAUCCCUUGGACACUACUGGCAUUGCAUUUCGUUUACUGGUAUUGUCGAACCUUGCCUGCAGAUGGUCGACUUUGCUUCGGAGGUGUACUUAUCAUAUCUUCGAAACGCCAGGGAAGAUUCCGGGGUCAACAGAUUAUGCGACCCGGUGUUUGGUAAAUGUGUCGAGAACGCUGAACCUGCAGUCGCCAAAGGCUCUGUUCCGGCUGUUCUCUCGGCAACUUCUAUACACUUGGCUUGAAUGUGACCCCAUAGAAGACAUUCCAUUUUCUAUAUUUGGGUUCAAGACGCUCGGAGACCUUCUCAAGUCUGCCCAGUCCGAAGCCGUCGGGCUGACUGUGAUGCGUGGUCAGGAUGAGACAUUUGCAGAGGUUUGCCGUCUACUGGGCAGUUCUGAGAGCGACCUCGUCCGUGAAAAUUUCACUACCGCUGUCGCUUAUAGCAUGAUCUUUGGUGACUCGAAUGGAGGUGUCGACAAGGAGCGUGGCGAGGCACAUGUCAAAAAGUUGCUUGGACGCACAGCUUAUAUGGAGUUGAUUCACAUCAAUUUCAUCGACAUCGCAGCACUGUUCUUCGACCUCAUCGAUCAAGAAAACUCUUUUGAAAAGGUCUUCACCAGGUUCAAGCUCGACUACGCUGGCCAGAUCCUGAGUGCUAUGAAGGCCAUUUCUCACUCUCCCGCCGAGUUACCAGCUAACCAACAGCCAAUGUUCAAAGCCAAGUACUUGAUCCACGAACUUCAUAGACUCUGUCAAAAUACAGAGUUCCAAUUCCAUGAUUUGUGGACGCCUCCUGUGGUUGUUUCAAUAGCUCGCAAGCUUCUCAAUACUGUUCAUCCGGCCUUAGGGCCUCUACAUGCCUGUUCUGUUCUUCGAAAAGUACGGGUUCUAGUCUCCCUUGGUGGUUCAGUUGCCUUGGAAUCCUACCCCCUGGAAAUGCUCCUGAAUGCUACCCGCACCUUCAUCACCGACUCUGAAUGUGCAGACGAUGCGCUGGGAAUUAGUCAGUAUCUUCUGGCUGAAGGGGCCAGGCACCUUAGCAAUGUCCCAUCAUUUCUUGCCGGGUAUGCCUUGUCAACUUUGGCAUCGCUCCGAGUCUUCUUAGAGUCGAGUCAGUCGAGCACAACUCAGGAAAGCCAGUUCAAGGCGACAAUGAGCAAAGCAGAAAAAUUCCAUGUAUGGGUCAGCAAAUAUCUUGAAGAGUAUGAAUCGCCCAUGUUUAAGAGUCUUGAGCAAAGAAGUGCUUUCAAAUCUAUCACUCAAUCCGCCGCUCGCAUUCGAUCUUCCGGGAACGCUGAACGAGGCACUGCAGAGAGCAAAUUGCUGUUGGAUAUUCUAGCCGAUGAAGGCGCAGACCAUCAGCUACUGAACGAGCCUUCCCGACAACUCGCACUCGGCCUUCUUUGCGGCGAUUUCAGCAUCCCUGAGAAGGUAAAGGAUGACAUCAUCGAGUCUGAUGAGGAUGCUCUAAAGUACUCGACAGCUGUGUGGAAGAGUUGUGAUACCGGAAACCUCAGCGAGGAAUAUCUCUCAUGGGCAGGACGGGUCGUUGGCCGGGCCUUCUCAGCGUCCGGGGAGAUCCCGCCUGGUGUGCUACGCGAAUCCUAUCUUAGCCAAUACCAGAAAAUGGCACCAGGAUCGAAUGGCUCAGAGACUGGAAUACUUUGCCUUCUGCGGGACCUCACCUCAAAUCCUGAUUCUAUUACUGCAGGUCUGGCUGAAGCUGCCCUGAGAUCCAUCGUCUCAGAUGCCAAUAAUCUAGAUGACGAGCUACUGUCUGUGGCCUGUCAAAAAAGUCUGACGGAGUCUCUUUUGGUCACAUCGCAAUGGGGCGCACACAGAUCGCCCCCAUCAGACAAGGGUAUUAUGACACCCACAUCAUCCUCGAAUCAACCCGAUGUCUGGUCUACAGAUAUCACGUCAAAGGACUGGCUGCUGGACCUGAGUGCGCACCUCGCUCGGUGCGUUCCAGAGUCAAUUAUUCUCUCAGUUCUUGCUCCUAUUCUCGCUAGGGUUGAGCACUUUGCAGAGAGAGCUUUCCCCUUUGUUGUCCAUCUCGCACUUUACUUCCCAAUGAAUCAACAACAUUCCCCCAAGCGCCCACUAUCUGUGGCAGUCAAAAGCUGGCUCCAAUGCAUAGAUACAACAGCCAAGGAAAACCAGAAGCUGCUGAUCAACAUGCUAUUAUAUCUUAGGACGCAACAAUAUCCGAAGGAGUCAUCGAUAGCUGACAGAUCGCAUUGGCUAGAAGUUGAUUCCGCCUUGGUCGCUGCAGCAGCGUCGCGCUGUGGCAUGUACAAGACGUCUCUGCUAUUUGUGGAAUAUGUCCCUCCAGAAACUACACGUUCUUCACGAACUUCUUCUGCAGCAGUAAAGGAGGUGGACAUGAGCGAAACUCUUCUUGCAAUUUUUGAGAACAUUGAUGACCCAGAUGCAUACUAUGGACUGCCAGAAGAGCCUAGUCUGUCAAAGAUUCUUGCUCGUGUGGAGUACGAGAAUGAUGGCCCCAUGAGUCUUGCAUUCCGAGGCGCUGAGUAUGACAGUAAUGUCCAUCUUGGAAACCCCGUGGCUCAGUCAGAUGGGCAGGCUUUAGUCAGAGCUUUCAGUACGCUUGGCUUGUCCGGGCCUUCUAACUGGUUCCUCCAAACGCAGAAUAACAUAGAAACAUCCCCAGCCGUCCUUGAAGAUACUUUCAACACAGCCAGAAAGCUUGGGGUUUGGAACUUGCCUGCGCCUCCGAGUGACCAUCAUGCGGUCACAGUGUUUAAGGCGUAUCAGAGCAUUAGUCAAGCGAUAGAUAUCGCCGAUAUCAGGGCUGCUGUGCAUGAUGGUUUUAGCCGCACAAUGAGUACCUUGGCAGUCCACAGCCUCAACGCUACGGCCCUGAGGAAACGCUUGGGGGCUCUAGCUUCUUUAACGGAGCUUGACGAUGUUCUAGGUGUUUCAGACAGUUCCGAGAUGGAUCUCCUCAUUGAAAAGUUCAAGAAUCGAAGUGACUGGAUGAGAAGCGGAUUAUACGAAAGUGUUGGUCAGAUUUUGUCUUGUCGCAGUACCACAAUGAGUAUGGUCAGCCAACAAAAUAGCUUACGAACAAAUAUCAAACUUUCCGCAGCUACGGCAAAGCAGAUGGAGGUUGAGUCCAUGAUCACCGCUUCUCAAAUAUAUCGCUAUCACCAAGCGACGCAGGAGAGCCUCAAGAUCUCCACCAUACUCACCAAGCUUAUACCAUCGUGUUCAGCACUAGACUUACAUGUGGAUGCAGCUGUCACCGUUGAGGCUGCUAACUCUGCCUGGGAUUAUGGGCAGAUGAGUACAUCCAUUCGCAUGCUGCAGGAUAUCGACAAAGACUCUGUGCUUGAGAGGCAAACUAUCCCAGUCAGUCGAUCUGAUUUGCUUUCCAAGAUUGGUUACCAGGUAUCCGUUGCACGCCUCGAAAAACCACAUGAUAUCCAAAAGAACUAUCUUGAGCCUGCGUUGAAAGAGCUCAAAGGCAAGGGUCAAGGCCGCCAAGCUGGCUCAGUAUUCCAUCAGUUUGCCAUGUUCUGCGAUCAGCAGUUGCAAGAUCCCGAUGGAUUGGAGGACUUGGCAAGGCUCCAGAACCUGAAGAAAGCAAAGAGCGAUGAAGUGUCGGAACUGAAGACCCUUAUUAAUGGCACCAGGGACACUCAACUCAAAACCAAGUACUCACAUGUUCUAAACAAAGAGAAGCAAUGGCUCAGUCUUGACGAGCAGGAGUUGCGACGAGUUGAACAAACGCGUAGUGAGUUUGUUCGCCUGAGUCUCGAGAACUAUCUUUUAUCUCUCGUUGCCUCCGAUGAACACAAUAACGAUGCUCUCCGAUUCACUGCUCUUUGGCUAGAGCGAUCGGAAGAGGAAAGCACAAAUCAGGCAGUCAUGCGACAUCUAUCAGAAGUCCCAACCAGAAAAUUCGCUGGCCUCACCAACCAACUGACAUCACGACUCCAAGACCAUAACAAUACAUUCCAGAAACUGCUGUUGGAGCUAGUCUACAAAAUCUGCGUGGACCAUCCCUACCAUGGCAUGUAUCAAAUAUGGUCUGGAACAAAGGCAAAGGCACAACAAAAAGACGACGUCGCUGUCUUACGCGUCAGGGCAACAGAACGCGUUGCCAAACGCUUAGCUGAGACGCAAUCUGUGGCCAACAUUUGGCUGUCGAUCGAUAAGACAAGCAAAUAUUACCAUGCUCUCGCCAUGGAUCGAAAUCCAAAUAAGUACAAGUCAGGUGCGAAGAUCCCGCUCAAAGAUUCCACACCCGGCCACAAUCUUGUCAAUUGUCUAGCCAAAUAUCGCAUCCCCUCUCCAACUGUGCAAAUCGAACUCUCGGCAACCAAAGACUACUCCAAGGUGCCCAUCAUAUCCAAGCUGGAACCCACAAUGACCAUCGCUUCGGGUGUCAGCGCACCUAAAAUCAUCACAGCUAUUGGAAGUGAUGGGGUCCGCUACAAGCAACUUGUCAAAGGAGGGCAUGACGAUUUGCGACAGGACGCCAUCAUGGAACAAGUCUUUUCGGCCGUGUCAUCUCUUCUCAAGCUUCACAGGACAACUCAGCAGCGUAACCUCAGUAUCAGAACCUACAAGGUGCUUCCACUCACAGCAUCUUCCGGAUUGAUUGAAUUUGUGCCCAACACAAUUCCACUUCAUGAGUUCUUGAUGCCUGCUCAUGAAAGAUACUAUCCAAAAGACCUAAAGGGCUCUCAUUGUCGUAAAGAGAUAUUUGGGGUCCAGGGAAGAGCGGCGGCAACACGGAUCAGUACCUACCGCAGAGUCACUGAGAAGUUUCACCCAGUCAUGAGAUACUUCUUUAUGGAGAAUUUCAUGGACCCGGAUGAAUGGUUCCUCAAGAGGCUGGCAUACACAAGAAGCACCGCAGCUAUAUCGAUGUUGGGACACGUCCUCGGCCUAGGCGAUCGACAUGGGCACAAUAUCCUUUUGGACCACAAAACUGGAGAGGUGGUUCACAUUGAUCUGGGUGUCGCGUUUGAAGCAGGCCGCAUUCUACCAGUGCCUGAAAUGGUACCGUUCCGGUUGACGAGGGACAUUGUGGAUGGAAUGGGAAUUACCAAAACAGAGGGAGUCUUUCGCCGAUGUUGCGAGUUCACUUUGGAUGCUCUCAGAGAAGAGCAGUAUUCCAUCAUGACAAUUUUGGACGUGUUACGUUUCGAUCCUUUAUACACAUGGUCAAUCUCGCCACUCAGAUUGGCCAAGCUUCAAAAGGCAAGAAACAACGAUGACAGUCUCAUGGACGACGAGCAAAGUGAAGCCGAGACGAAAAAGGGCAAGAAGGCUAUAGGGCAUGUCAAUGAGCCUUCUGAAGCUGACCGUGCUUUGGAGAUUGUGAGGAAGAAGCUGUCCAAGACAUUGAGUGUAACUGCAACAGUCAACGAUUUGAUAAAUCAAGCGACUGAUGAACGUAAUCUAGCAGUUUUAUAUUCUGGCUGGGCAGCGUACGCAUGA